AUGGCGGAAUCUUGCAGCCCUCGCUGGGGGCAGGCGGAGCCCAGCCGAGCCUUGCAAGUUCUCCACGUGUGGUUGGCAUGUCUCAUCACCUUGCCGGUUGCAGGUGACAAGGCAGUUGCGGCAGCGGCAUCGGUUGACUCCAGGGCGGAGGCAUGGGGGCGCAUGAUCGCCGUCGGAGCGGCGGACGGCUUUGCCCCCGCUGCAGAGCUGCAGGCGAAGAACGCUGAGUGUCUGAUGACAGGUCAGGGCCAGGGUGGGGCCGCUGUUCUGUACAACGCAUCGGGUCACUUCGUCACAAUGCUGCAAGAUGCCUUCCAGCCACAGGUUGCUGGCCGUGCAGUGUCUCUUGGCUCCCGACAAGUGGCCAGUCUGGCGGGCAGCUUGCAGGCAUUGAUCGAGCUGGAGGGGCACAUUGCAUCAGCAUGCUUCUCGCGCGAACUUUUGUUGGACCUGCGGAAAGCGAGCGAUGCACUGUUGCUGUUGCGAGCACAAAAUGGCCGUUUGAUGCUGCAACGCACGGACGUUCACGAUGACUUGGUAACUGCCUCUAAGGAUUUCGCCCACGAGGAAUAUGCUUCGUUUGGUCGAGAUCUGGGGGGUCUUUGGCGACGGGCCUUUCGUGACGCUGUGUCAUCGACAAAGCAGAAGAAGGAAGAGGCUGUCCCGGCGAUGCCUGGACCAAAGCGUCCAACAUCUUCCGACCUGCUUGAGGUGACCUCAGCGUUGCUGCGCAGCUUCUUUGGCCACAGAUCGGAUGGCCGUGCAAUUUUUCUCUGGGAGCACCCCGUCCUCUUCGAUCAUUGCAUUGGCAAGAUGAGCCUGACGCUACCAGCACUAGAGGAGCUCUGGGACUCUAUUGGUGAGGUCUUGCUGCAGGUGGCUCCCAGCGAGAAGCUUUGGAGCUUUUCAACGCCUGAUGAGCAAGUAACUACCCGAGAAGUCCAACAACUGGCUCAGUUGGGACGAAUUUUGCAAGAAUUGCCUAUGAUCCUCCAAGACUGCGGGCUGCAAGGUAACGCCCAGAAAAUGUUCCUGCAGUCGGUCACUGUUUUCCGGUCACCGCCAGACAAGAUCCUGAAUGCCGCAGCUUCUUCCCUCUUCGUACUGGAGCAGCAUUGGACAGCAAGCGCGUGGCAGGCUGUUCACAGCUGGCACAGUUCAGACAGAGAGUGGCGGUAA